GUCAGAGAGUACUAUAAGUCGAAUGACUUUUCGUCGCUUGUCACACUCAAAGACACAUACGACACAUUCAAGGCAGAAAGAGUAAUAGAAGCCGUUAAACAAGAACGCAUCCAAUGUAGUAAAACUAGUAAUACAGAAGCACUAGUGAGACUGAUGAAAACCCGGAUAAGUAGCUCCAGAAAUAGUACCCCUAGUUUAAUCAUGGACAACGGCAUCCUCUACGAUAACCCACUACAAAUCAGCGAGCUGUUCGGUUACCAGUUUGCUAGCUGCUUUACACAAGAGGACGAAAUAAAAGUCAUUGGUGCACCGUCAACACCAACUCACUCCAUAAGUACAGUGCUCUUCUCUAAACAAAACAUUUCUCUAGCUAUAGCAUCACUUCGAACCUCAUACAGUGCGGGGCCUGAUGGAAUUCCAACCAUCUUGUUAAAAAGAGGUGGCGAAGAUAUACCGCUGAUUCUCUUGAAGCUCUUUAAUACGUCCCUCUCCAGUGGCAAUUACCCUGAGAACUGGAAACUAUCAUACAUAUGUCCUAAGCAUAAAUGUGGACCAACAUCUAAUAUAGAAAACUACCGACCUAUAAACAUCACGUCAGUAGUAUCCAGGACUAUGGAAAAGGUGAUUGUGAAAGCAGUUGUCGACUAUAUGACGACUAACCAAUUACUCUCACCAGCACAACAUGGAUUCUUGAAAGGCCGGUCAUGCACUACAAGCUAUCUUGACUAUCUAGACAACGUUACAAGCAAGCGUGACCAAGGCCUAUUUGUAACUACCCUUUUCUUAGACUUCAAGCAAGCAUUCGAUAAGGUGCCUCACAAACGCCUGGUCACUAAGUUGCAAUCAUAUGGUUUCCGAGACCCGUUACUGUCCUGGCUCAGAACAUCUUUAGAGGGUCGCUUCCAAGUAGUAAAAUUCAGUAAUUGCUACUCCACCCCUAGACUUAUACAAAGUGGUGUCGUCCAGGGUAGUGUGCUAGGACCGAUACUUUUCCUAAUCUAUGUAAACGAUAUCUGCAGUGUUAUCCGAAAUGGCAUACCCUACCUUUUCGCUGACGACUUGAAGAUAGUCUACAGCUUUUCUCCUGCAGCACUAACACAGGGUUUCUCUCAAAUACAAGAAGAUCUGAAGAGGAUAUUCAUAUGGAGCGAGACCUGGCAGCUCCCUCUAAACCCAAAUAAAAGUGGCAUCCUCCAUUUCAAUAAAUCCCACCCAGAAGUAACGCUACACUUGGGUGAUAUUGCACUGCAGGUAUACAACACUGUGAAAGACCUCGGAAUCACUUACUCCAGAAGUUUGACUUUUACGGAGUAUGCAGACUCAGUAGUUUCCAAGGGCAGAAGACUCAUCGGUCUUCUACACAGAAACAUACUCAUACCUGAGGCAAAACUUAUACUGUACAAGGCUAUGGUUCGCCCAAUAUUAGAGUACUGCACCGUUAUCUAUGGUAGCAUGAAUGUGUCGGACAGAAUUCGAGUAGAGAACAUUCAACGGAACUUUACUCGGCGCCUACUAAUACAUAACGAAGGACUUCCUUACGAAGCAAGAUGCAAAAAACUAGGACUAGAAUCACUCUGGCUGAGACGCCUGAAGCUCAACUUAACACUUCUUUUUCGUCUUUUAUUUACAAACCCUAAAACGAAAUGUGCUGUCACUUUUAAAACAACACAGGCAUAUAAUCUGCGUAAUAGCGAGAACAUCAUCCCAAUAAAUAAGUAUCGCUCAAAACUUCGAUGUAGGUUUUUCAUAACGCAAUACAGUAUGCUGUGGAACAAACUUCCCGCUCCUAUACGAGCAUGCCGUUCGCUCGGCCAGUUUCAACGACUACUUAGUAAAUUCCUCCUAUCUAACGAAUCUCAUCAAUUCGUUGACGGCCAAACCACAAACGGUAAUGCCAUGCACUAAGGUACUACUGGUACCUAGACUCAAGGGAGACUAACAGCAAUGACAUAAGUAUACAAUGCCGAAAACUAAACGCAAUAGUUAAGUUAAAAUCUAAUUUCUUAGAAAAAAAAUGACCAAGAGUGAACAGGAAGCGGAGUGCGACACGAUAUGCUACAGUGAACUUAUUAGAUACUCAAAUGUAACCUACUUUUCUUCACAACCUAACCGAUCUCACGACUUAACACCUAUUUCCUAAAAAUCGCCCCUUAAAGUAAUCUCUCUACUCCGAAAAGAUAAAAGAACUGUCUGUCGGUGCAUUUUCAUAGCAUGCAACUCUUUAUUAUUUGCCCUUUGUCAUCAGUACUUACAUCUAAGUACUCUGCACCAACAUAGUUUCGGUAGACCCGAUAUGGUAAUGCUCAACAGGCAACACCAUGAUCAUCCCCUCGUGACCAGAUAAAGGGUGGUGGUCCUAAGAACAAAAAAAACCACGAAUUUCACCUAAAUGUUUAUAACUUCAUCAUACGCUUGUACAUAGGUAUAUAACAAGUUAAUACCUGGUCAAAUAUCCUCUAAUCUUUCUAUUUCGUAGUGAUAUCUUCAGCUUCAGACUGACUUUCAUUACUGUCGUGCGCACCUUCAUCUUCUUCCACCUAAGCUUACCUCUAAACAGUUGGUUCUGGACACUUCCUCAAGUAAGUUUAAUAGUCAGUACAAACUCACCCAGAUGUAUCAUGGUCGAUCUACUCCUGCGUAUUUUUGUGCUCCUGUUACAAAUUUCGCCUGCUGCUCGCUUUUGUUAUUCACUUUUCAGAUUUACUUAACCAGUCCUGCAUUCAAAUGGAAUCCUACAAAUCGCAUUCGUCAGUGGAAAUAUUGCCAUCAAAACCUGAUGACGAACGCGCACACCCCAAGGUCAUGACUGUGAUGCGGCCUCACCUUCAAGAAUAUUGGAUGAUUCAAACGAUGACCGGAUAAUCUUCAAAUUCGAACUGAGCCUGCUUCAACAUGCCUCCUAUAUGCCAUAAAUCACAGCAUCUAAUGUAUAGCAUAACAUUGUACAUAAUAGUCAUCUCUCAUUACCAAAGUGAUCAAACCUGUAAACUGGUUUGUAUUCAUGUAACCUUUGUUGCAUGAAAUAUAUUAUUAUUAUUAU